AUGGCUUUAUCAUCGAAUCAGCUCUCAUUUUACAGCCAUGGCAGGAACCCCUCUGUUCCCUGUGCCUCUCUGCGUCCUUUACUUCACUCCGCAUUUCCGUUGGAAUUUCUUGGCACAGAUUGCUUCUGCCUAGACAGGCAAGGUUGGGUCGUAUUGUGUAUCCAUACUCUGCGUCUCUACCUCAUCCUUGUAGUAUAUUUAGAGCUGCACAAACCGACGAUCAACGUAGGAACAGGGGGAGUUAUUAGCGAUGAAAAUAUCUUUAUGAGUAUCUUCCCUACUUCUAUUUUCUCCAAACGAAAGCAGUGCAUCGGGAUGCGCGAGACAUGA